CUCGAAGCGAGACUCGUCGCGAACACGUUCCCCGAAACUAUCUCACCGACAAGCUCGAGCAAAACAAAGGAACUCGCUUGUCGGUUGGAAUCGGCAUAAUGGAUACUCAAAGGCGUAAUGAUAAGGCUAGGUCGUACAAUGAAUCUGUGGAACCGCGAGAACGAGCAUGUUUACUUGUCACACCAUCCGCGUCGACUCGAAAAAGUCGUAUACGUAUGAGUCCUCUCGCCUGGCUACAGGCCUUUUCUUCGGUAUCUAUCCUCGAAAAUACUGGAAGUGUUGCGCGUGAUCACCUGGCCUGCGAGCGCACUUACCUGUCGUAUGUCCGCACAUCGUUGACUUGUGCCGCUAUUGGCGUUGCUCUUGUACAACUGGUAUUCGAUUCAGAUGUUGUCGUUUCCGAAGCCCUGCUGCAUCCCGUAAAGGUCACGAGCGUGUCCAUCGGUGUGCUUGGCCUAGGUAUAAUGCUUUCUGCUGUUGCCAGAUUCUUUGAGAUGCAGAACGUACUGAUUAAUGGGAAGUUUCCAGUCGCAGGAAUGGUCGUUUGGUCGAUUGUGUUUAUCACUGGUGUUAUCACUCUAAUAACAUUUGGGCUGAUAUUCGGAGUCGUACAUAAUUGAUUUUCAGGCUUAUUAUCUUAACGGAUCUUGAAAAUCCCUUCCGGCAGCGCUUAC